AUGAAUAAAACCCCCGAUAACCGAUUUCUGGAUGCCAUUGGAUUAAAACAUAUAGAUAAAACAAAACAACCACCAACACACACUCUACCGAAAACAUACAAUAUGCAUUUUAAACACGCUAAGCCCAAUACGGAUCCAAUCACCAGCCACACAUACGUCGUUAGAGCAACUGAUAAUCGUGUAGCAUCUAUUAUGAUUCAAAGGAAGAAACUCUGUAACACUAGCGUUGGUCUCAAAGCGGAAGCUUUACUCACUCAGUUAGCGGUGCCUGCAUUCCAUCAAAAAAAGCGCGGGAAAAAAUUACGACCAAUUUUCCGGAAAACCCGUGAUUACUUGCAGAAUAUUCAUAAGAUUCUUGCUCAAAAUAUCGAAAAGCACCAGCGCUCUAUCGCACCAAUUUACGUGUCAAGUGUAACAGAUUUAAAAAAUGUGCGGUGGAGCGCAAUUAGGCGAUAUUUAAAAAUCAAUUUCCCGCGCUGUUUUCUCAAUGGAAUGCAGGCAACUCUUUGUCGGGCCCCAGCAGUUGAAUUUGUAGUAUUCGCGUGGAGACCAACGCUAAUUUCACCGUACGGUCCCACUUUUUUUAAUUCGACAGUUUCCAGAAGAUGUUCGAUCUUCCGAUUUCCCAAAAUUCUCGGCAUUCUCCUAUGUCCUAUUGGCGACCUGAAUAUUCUUGAACCCAGCAGGGGGUGCCCAUUGUCCAUCUUGCAACUUGCCUCCUUCGAAGUCUCCGCCUCCAUUUCUCCCCUUUCUCUGAUUUUGAUCUUUUUUAGACGGUAUAAAAGCGAUCGCCAAUAG